GGCCCGAGGGCCGAGGCCCUGUGUCUCUUGCCGUCGUUGCCUGGAUACAAGUACAUCGACAGGUCGACAACCAGGCCAGCAACGCAUUUACAACAAUUGCCAGAACUACAUUAAAAACAAGAACAUCACCGCCUUCAACGCUGCGUCCAGAAUAAGAAUCCCAACCAGCAGCAGAACGACGUUCCUAGGCACUAUUAGUAGCACUUUGGGCCUGCGCAGUGCGGUGGCCCGAUCGUUUGCGUCUGCAUGGAGUCAAUGAGACGUAGCGAGGCGAACACUAGCCACCACCCGAAUAAGGUGGCCCAGAAUAGCAGCAACGUAGCAACGGAAAGCAAUAUUAAGAAUAAUAAACUGUUAGCUAAUUUAAGUGUAUCGAAAGCGGCGGUAACAGCAGCAGGGACGGCAGCAACAACAACGACGGCUACGAAUCACGCGUUGAACUUCAAUAAUAAAUUGAAGGCCAACUUACAGCAACAGCAGCAGUCGGCAACAACAACAACAGUAGUGGCAACGAAUAAUCAGCAAGGGAACGCGAUUAAGAAGCAUAUAAAAUUAAUUGGCUCGACAAAGACAGGAAAUACAACAACGACAAACUCAACGUCGUCGUCUUCGUCAUCGUCGAGCAGUUCUAAUUCGAGCGAGUCAAAGGAUACGAAUUUUGAAUACGAGGACGAGUGGAACAUUGGUGGCAUACCAGAGCUGUUGGACGACUUAGACGCGGACAUUGAAAAGUCCUCAACGCAGCAGCAAGUGGCAACUGCGAAUUCGGGUGGUGGCAACCAACAAGCAACAGCAACAACAACACCUACAGCAAUAAAUGCUAAACAGGCAAAUAGCACAGCAGCAACAACAACAGCACCAGCAGCAACAGCAUCAGAUAACUCAUCAAUACCAACAACAACAACAGCAGCUACGUCAUCAGCCAGCAAAGUCGCCGCUACGUCGGCAGUGACGAGCAGCAUCAGCAUCUCAACGCAUCACCACAAAUCGCACAAAACCACACUGCACAGCAAUUUGUCGGCAACGUCGCCAACCACAAUUAAGUUCACACGUCAACCCAUCGGCCCCAGCAACGCCAUCAGCGGGAACUCCUCUUCAUCCAGCUCGUCAGCCUCCAGCAACAGCAGCAACAACAACAACAGCAGCAACAACAACAACAGCAGCAACAUUGCUGUGGCAACAAACAAAGGCUCCUCCUCGGGCAAGCACCACCAUCACCACCAUCAUCAUCACGCCUCGUCACAGGCCAGCAGUAGCAACACCAACAGCAGCAACAACCCGAAGGGAUUUAAAUCGGCGCUGGUGGCACAGCUAAAUAGUCCGGGGCUAAAUUCUACGCACAAUAACAGCACCAGCAACAGCAACUGCAAUACAAGCAGUAGCGCAGUCAGUGCCGGUGGCAGCAGCAGUAAAAGCAACUCUGCAACCGCAGGCUCUGGUUCUGCCUCAUCGUCUCUGACAACUGGAAGCACCUUGUCCUCAUCGACAUUUGCGGGCUUUUCUAAAGGUGGCAAUUUGGUAUCGUCUUGCCCCUCGUCAAACAAUAGCAGCAACAACAACAGCUCCUCUGCACAGGCAACCAACAGCGCCUGUAGUGGCAACAGCAGCGGCACGUCCACUGGUGGCACUGGUGGUCAUCAAGCGAAAUUUUCCGCUGGCGGCAUGUCCUCGCAAACGGGCAUCGGCAGCGGCGGCAACAGUAGCAACAGCAACAACAGUAGCAGCAGCGGGGGUGGUUCUAGCGGCGCCAGUAGCGGCAUAGGAACCACCAGUAACCAGAGUUCGCAAGGCGGCAGCUCCAGUGGUAAAUUGAGCGCAAAAAUGUCCAUUGAUCAUCAAGCCACGCUAGAUAAAGGACUUAAAAUGAAGAUCAAACGCACCAAGCCCGGCACAAAAAGUUCCGAGGCUAAGCAUGAGAUUGUCAAAGCCACCGAUCAGCAAAAUGGUGCCAUCGGAAACUCUGCCAUCGAGGAUGGCAGCUCCAAUGCGUCUUCCCUCGCAUCGAACAGCUCGUUAACAGCAACCGGCAAUACCUCCAGUGGUGGCGGCGGCGGUGGGAGCGGCAGUGGUUCCAGCAGCAAGAAGCACUUAAAUAAUUCGAGUGCCGGCAGCAACAAUAGCAGCAACAGUAGCAGCAGUCAAAAUAAUUCACAUGGAAGCAGCGGUGGCGGUGGCGGGAGCGGUUCCAGCAGCAACAGCACGCAAUCCACGCCACAGGGCACCAAACGGGGUAGCUCCGGACAUCGACGUGAAAAGACUAAGGAUAAGAAUGCACAUUCCAAUCGCAUGUCUGUGGACAAGUCUGCCGCCUCAGCGGCCGGAGAGAAAGAUACGCCGGAAAAGAGUGCCACUGGCAAUGGUGCUGGUGGUGGCUGUCAGUGCAAUGGCGACAUGGGUGGUGGUUCCAGUGGUGCGACUCCCUGUUCGCAUCAUGCCUGCAUACGUCGCGCCAACGCCAGCGAACAUGCAUCCCUGCAGCAGCGUAUGUCCAAUUCCAGUGGUGGCAGCGGCAGUGGCAACGCAUCCUCCGCCUCUGCCAUGUCAGCCGGAGUACCACCGGGCGUUUUUACACCUUCAGCGGGCUCACCAGCGGCCAUGGUAUCCGCCUCGUUGUUGGCAGCCACAACAGUAGCUGGCGUGGCCUCCGCCGCCCAGUCCGGUAACAGUGGCUCGAGCGGCGGUACGGGUGGUGCCAAUGCGCCGGGUCCACCAGGCAAAGAGACCGGUAGUGGCAUCAAAAUAUCCUCACACAUUGCCGCACAACUGGCCGCUGCGGCCGCCUCCAGCUAUGCAAGUGGCCAGAGCGGUGGUUCCGGUGGUAGUGUAAGCAACAAUUCCGGCAACAACAGCACGGGCAGCGGGCCGGACAGCAAAGCAGCCGCUGCUGCACAGGCAAAACUAAUGGCCCCCGGCAUGAUCUCAGCGACAAUGCAUCACACCAUUUCCGUGCCUGCCGGUAGCGCAGCCUCAGCGGACGAUGCGGACUCAAAAUCCCCGCCAGCUAAACGUGCCAAGCAUAGCGAGCAUGGCGCCAAUAAUAACAAUAACAACAAUAACAGUUCCGGCAAAGAGAUGGUCGACAUAUGCAUUGGCACCUCCGUCGGCACCAUCACGGAGCCGGACUGUCUGGGUCCCUGCGAGCCGGGCACCUCGGUCACACUUGAGGGCAUCGUUUGGCACGAGACUGAGGGCGGCGUCCUGGUCGUCAAUGUGACGUGGCGCGGCAAGACCUACGUGGGCACCCUGCUUGACUGUACGCGCCACGAUUGGGCUCCUCCAAGAUUCUGUGAUUCACCAACUGAAGAAUUAGAUUCUCGAACUCCAAAGGGACGCGGCAAGCGCGGACGCAGUGCUGGUCUCACACCCGACCUGAGCAACUUCACCGAGACCAGAAGCUCUAUUUACUUCUCACACGCUCAGGUGCACUCGAAGCUGCGCAAUGGAGCGACCAAAGGACGUGGCGCCACGCGCAGCGCCUCUGGCAAUUCCAAUAACAACAGCAACAACGCUGCAACCAACAGCAGCUCCUCCUCGGGCAAUGGUGGCGGAGCCACGCCCAGCACCUCGCCAACUGCAUUUCUGCCGCCACGUCCAGAGAAGCGCAAGUCCAAGGAUGAGGCGCCAUCGCCACUCAAUGGCGAGUCAGAUGCUGCCGCAACGAGCAUGGUGAACGCCAGUGGGAUACCCAUCUCGGCCAGCGGCGGUGGCCUGGCCACACAGCCCCAGAGCCUGCUCAACCCAGUGACCGGACUAAAUGUGCAAAUCAACACAAAGAAAUGUAAGACUGCCUCACCCUGUGCGAUCUCGCCGGUGCUGCUCGAGUGCCCGGAGCAGGACUGCAGCAAGAAGUACAAGCAUGCCAAUGGGUUGCGCUAUCACCAGUCGCAUGCGCACGGCGGUGCCGGUUCCAUGGACGAGGACUCCAUGCAGGCGCCAGAGGAGCCACCCACGCCUCCCUCACCGGUGCCAUCAGUACCCACGGCAGCAGCGCCUUCCACACCCAGCACCCCCAAUGCCGCUGCUAUUACCACAAAUGGCAACAGCAAUGUCCCCACAACACCAUCAUCAGCUGGCGCCUCAUCUGUUCCCCCCGCCGAGCCAACAACGGCGGCGAUCGCAAGCACAACAUCGGCUACGGCAGCAGGAGUAUCAACAGCAGUUGCCCCAACAGUAGCAUCUCCACCUACUGGACCCAACAGCACAUCUGGCGGUCAGCCAGCAACGGAAGGCAUUCCGGUGGUUAGUUCUGCAACCACAGCCACGCAUCCGAGCAUGCCGAGCACAGUGGUGGCCAACUCCGCGCCACAAGUGCCGCAACAGGCGCUUCUGACCCCCAGCGCAGCCAAUCCGAGCGUCGUGCUGCCGUCUCCAACACCAGCACAUGCAGCAGUUGCUGGUGGCAGCAUAACUGCCGGCAUCUCCAGCCAGGCGCUUUCCCAGCAACAACAACAGCAACUGCUAGGCGGUCUGGUUGGCGCCACUGGCCUACCGACGCUCCUCUCCGAGCAACAGCAGCAAGCGUUGUUGCAGCAAAGUGCAUUGAAAGCUGGUGUCUUGCGAUUCGGCCCACCCGAUGGUGCCGCGGCCACGUCAAUGGCAGCUGCUCUGCAGCAGCAACAACAACAACAACAGCAGCAGCAGCAACAACAGCCGCCCAAUUCGCAGCCGACACAACAACAAUCUGCCCAGCAAAAUGCAUUGCAACCGGGACAGAAUCCGCUACGUCCUACACCAGUUACGCAUCAGAUGCCGCCUAAUGUUGAGGCACAGCAACCACCAAGUGGCUAUCCCGGCACACCACAGCAGCUGGCCGCCCAGGCACAAGGCAUACCCCUAUCCAGCAAACAGACUUCGCCCGCCUUUUCGGCAGUCGCAAGCAGCAAACAGAAAAAGAAUCGUAAAUCGCCCGGUCCAGGUGAUUUCGAUGGCAGCGCAUCUCGCGAGGAUGUGCAGUCCCCGGCGUAUAGUGAUAUAUCGGACGACUCAACGCCAGUCGCCGACCAAGAGAUGCUGGAAAAAUCGGGCCAGCCCAACAAGCACAUGGAUCUACUGAGCAAGAAACCACCCGAAGUGGGCGUGCCAACGGCUCUAGGAGUGGGCGCUGGUGGGGCACCGCCGUCGAUGCCCUCGCUUGGCGGCUACGGCAUGUAUCAAUUCUAUCCGCCGCAACAGCAACAAUAUAUGGUACAACAAUCGGGCGGGGAUCCCCUGCAGUCAGGCAAGGCGGGGCUACCGCCUACGCUGGGGCAACCACAAUUAGCGUUGCCAGCAUCGCAGGCGCAACAAUUGGCACCUGGAGCACCAACCUCCUCACAGCCACAGACGCAUUUGUUGCCGGCACAACAACAGGCGGUCUCCCAUCUGACCGACUACAGCAACAAGAACAAAGAUCCACCGCUAGAUCUGAUGACGAAGCCGCAACAGGCAGGCCAACAAACGCAAUCACAGUCGGAGAACAACGGAAAGGAUGCCACACCCACACCCAGUUCACAGGCCCCACAACAACAGCCGCCGCCAGUGAAUCUCAGCGCAGUGACUGGACCCCCACCUGGCGGCCUGCCACCUGGUUUGGGUGGCAUCUCGGCUCUAAGCGCGGCAGGUUUGGCCGCACCCUCGCCGGCCAAGCCCAUGUCACACUUCUAUCCGUUCAACUACAUACCCCCGGGCUAUCCCUACAAUGUUGAUCCCAACUUUGGACCUGUGUCUAUUGUGGCGUCGGAAGAGGCUGCCAAAAUGGGUGGCCAUCCCGGAAUGCCACCCAGCUCGCAGGCUCAGAGUAUGGGUCAACAAAUGCCAACGGCUACCAUUAAAGAAGAACGUCUAAAGGAGAGUCCCAGUCCACAUGAGAAUCCAAAGCAUCUACCACAGCAGCAGUUGAUGGCCAACAAGCUGAUCAAACAGGAGCCUUUGAUCAAACAGGAGAUCAAGCAGGAGCCAAACACUAAUCCUGGUCAACAGGGACCACCAUCACAACAACAACAACAGCAAUCAGCGCCACCACCUCAGCAGCCGCACGCACUGCAUCCCAAAGACUUGCAGGCACUGGGCGCCUAUCCGAGUCUCUAUCAGCGCCACUCCAUGAGUCUGGCGGCCGCUCAGCAAGCGCGCGAGGAGGAGUUGCGACGCUACUAUAUGUUCUCGGAUCAGCAGCGACGUCAGAAUGCAGCUGCAGCCGCUGCUGCCCAGAACGCAGCCGCCGCUGCUGCCGGUGGACCCAAUUCGGGAUUGCAACAGCAGCCCGGGGGACAGCACAAGGAUGAGUCCAGUUUGUCGCCACAGCAGUCGCAACAGCUCUCGAUUGCACAACAACAGCAGCAGGCAUUGCAACAGCAUCACCAGCACAUGCAGCAACAACAACAGCAACAUCAGCAGCAGCAGCAGCAGCAACAACAACAACAACAACAGCAGCAGCAGCAGCAACAACAGCAGCAGCAUCAGCAACAGAAACUGAAGCAGGCACAGGCGCAGGCGAAUAGCAAUGCAGCCAAUAACAAGGCCACAAAUCUGACCAAGGAAUCGCCAAAACAGAAGGCUGCUGCAGCUGCAGCGGCGGAGGAGGAGCUGAAGGUGAAGCAAGAGGGUCAGAAGCCAACAAUGGAGACACAAGGACCGCCCCCGCCACCCACAUCGCAGUACUUCCUACAUCCGCCGUACAUUUCGCCCACACCCUUCGGUCCCUUCGACCCCAAUCUACCCAUGUAUCGCAAUGUCCUGAUGUCCGCCGCCGGGCCCUACAAUGCGCCACCUUACCAUCUGCCCAUACCGCGCUACCACGCCCCCGAGGAUCUGUCGCGGAAUACUGGCACCAAGGCGCUGGAUGCACUGCAUCAUGCCGCCAACCAAUACUACACCACGCACAAGAUACAUGAGCUCAGUGAACGGGCGCUCAAGUCGCCGACCAGUGGGGGCGGCCCCGUAAAGGUCAGCGUAUCGAGCCCCAGCACAGGACCCCCUCAACCCGGGGGUGGCAUGAAUAGUGGACCUGGUGGCGGUCCCAAUGUGUUGGGAGGCAAUGGGCCAAAUCAACCAGGUGGCGCUGGCGGCGGCCAAGGUGGUGUGCCGCUCAGCCUGCAGCCACCACCCGGUGGCUUAGGUGGUCCACCGCCCAACAAAUCUGAUAUGGCCGGCCAGAAACAGCAUGGGGUGCCAUCCAAUGCCCCUGUUGGCCUCGAUGCGCACAAACAACCGUUGCCGGGUCCACCACCCGCGGGCGGGCCACCGGGUAAUGGAGCCGUCGGUGUGGGCGGCCCGGGAGGCAAUGGUGGUGCUGGCGGUGCUGGUGCCGCCGAUUCACGCAGUCCGCCGCCGCAACGACAUGUCCACACCCACCAUCACACCCACGUUGGUCUCGGCUAUCCCAUGUACCCGGCGCCCUAUGGAGCGGCCGUUCUAGCGAGCCAACAGGCGGCUGCUGUAGCUGUGAUAAAUCCAUUUCCGCCGGGACCGUCGAAAUGAGAACAACUGAACAACAACAAUGAGAAGAAGACCUACAAUGUAAAGAACAACUAGCGAGGCUUGUUGCAGCAGCAAAUGUGCGUCAAUUUCCCAUGAAGGAGCACAAUGAAAAUUUAGGAAACAUAUGGUCUUUUUCAACUACUAUAUACACGUAUAUGUAUGUAUAUACAUUUCUAUGAUAAAGCGCUGCAACAAGCCGGAAGAGCAAAAACAAAAACACAGAAACACAACUAAAACAAAACUUCAAAGGACAACAACACUAUUUAAACGCAUAAGAAUUUUGUAUUUUUCGUUUAACGUGUUACUUAUAAUUCUAGUUUUUAAGUUAUAUCGCAACCUACUACCAUAUAAAUGCGUAAAAUAUACAUACAUGUUUAGCAUACACAUACCUUCGUAAUUAUAUUUACCACUUGCAAAUAUUUAAAACAAAACAUGGAAACAACAAACAAAAACAAGCAUACUUUUAGCAAUUUUUUCUAAGUGUAUUGCAUAUACAAAAAGUACAUAUACUUAUAAAUAUAUAGAUAUAUUUAUCACAUACCGAGAGGCGUAAAUCGAGCAUGAACAAAAUCGAAAUUGUAGUGUUGAUUUUUUUGUAAAAAAUAACUAUAUUAUUUAGAUUUACACACUAUUUACGAAUAUAAUAUGCAUACGAAAUACAAAUAGAAGUUCGCAUUUUUAAACAUAGACUUUUCGUGUGUAUGAACGUACGUGUUAUAAAUUAUUUUUAUUAUAAAUCUACUAUGUAAUGUAUCAGCUGUGUUGCGAUUGGAGCUGCAAUUUAAUUAAUUUGUGCAUAGCAGUAAACAAAAAACUAUAAAAAAGCAAGAAAAAAGAAAUGAAAAAGACAAGGAAGGUACGCCCGCAUUGUAAGGGUUAAGUUAUUUUUUUGUGAGUUUUCGCGACGCAUUGUCAUUUAUUUAAAUGUUUGUAGGCAUGAACUUGUACUUUAAAUAUUUAUACAUAUAUAAAUACAUACUACAUAAAUACAGUUAUACAGUAUCAUAUAUGUAUAUGUAAUUAAUUGAUUCUCCAUGUGAAUGUGGGUGUGUAGGUGUGUAGUUCCCUAGCCGCUUCAUAACUACAUACACAUACACGCGUGAUUUACAAGUAUGGCACUUAAUGUUUAGUAUAGUAAGGCAGACAAACGCAUACACACACAUUACAAACAAACAAACAAACUUCGAUAGGAAUUUACGGUUAAACAAAAAGUAACAAAAACAAAAAGUAUUGCAUGUAAAUAUACUCUAGAGCGAGUCUUUUGAAUUGUAAAUUUGAUAAUCGAGUGCGCCACGAAAGUAUAUAGAGAGAGCGCAUUUGAGCAAAGCUAUAAACAUAAAAAUCAUUAUGUAUGCAUGUAAUUGCAAUAACAAACGAGUAAUAAUAAUAAAUAUAAAAACAACUUUAACACUA